GCCGUGGGCAAACGGUGGAAGCGGAAUGAGCAUCGAGUACGCCAAGUACGAGUCCGAGCACGAGCUCGGGGACUUGAUGGCGCUCUUCGAGAAGGACUUGUCAGAGCCGUACUCGGUGUAUACGUACCGAUACUUUCUCUACAGCUGGCCUGAGCUGUGCAUCUUAGCCCGCAGCGGCGGCACCGUAGUCGGAGCGAUCGUGUGCCGCCUAGAGAAGAGUCCGGGUGUGCUCAAGGGAUACAUUGCCAUGCUGGCCGUGGACAAGGCGUUCCGAAAGCACGGGAUCGGGUCGAGCCUGGUGAAGAAAGCUAUCGACCAAAUGAUUCAGCUCGAGUGUGAUGAAGUCGUGUUGGAGACCGAAAUCACGAACGUGGCGGCGAUUCGGCUGUACCAGAACCUCGGAUUUGUGAAGGACGAGCGGCUUCUCAAGUACUAUCUCAAUGGCGUAGACGCGUUUCGGUUAAAGUUAUGGAUGCACUAGCGAUUCAAGCUUUGCUACAUGACAAAGUGCAAUGUGGUUUUGUUUUCACUCCACUGAAGCACCUGCAACGUCUCGUACUGCUCGAUACACUGCUUCAGCUGCGCUUCCGUGUACCCUUUACGAAGCACUAAUGGCUCAAUCUCGCUGUACUUGACGCUCGUUUCGUG